AUGUCUCUGCUCUUCCGGUGCAGCCGGCAGACCAUGCUGGCGGUUGCCUUGUCCUUGGGAUAUUUCAUGUACCUGUUUAUGGGGGCUAUGAUGUUCCAACUUCUGGAGAAACAAGCUGAAGCCAAAUCCAGAGACAAGUUCCAGCUGGCCAAGUUAGGGUUCCUCCAGAACUACACCUGCUUAGAUGCUGGAGCCAUUGAACAAUUUGUACAGAUCAUCAUGGAAGCCUGGGAGAAGGGGCUGAACCCCAAAGGGAACGCCACGAACCCCAGCAACUGGGACUUCAGCAACUCCUUCUUCUUUGCUGGAACAGUCAUCACUACAAUAGGUUACGGUAAUUUGUACCCCAGCACGAUGGCGGGCCAGGUGUUCUGUGUCUUCUACGCUCUCUUCGGUAUCCCCCUCAACGUGGCGUUCCUCAACCAGAUCGGUAAAGGCUUGAACGCCCAUCUCAUCGCCCUCGGCAGGUGCAUGCAGGAACCAGAAGGCUCCGGGGUGAUGAAGGUGGCGAUGAUGGGCCUGUUCCUCACCACCGGCUCGCUCCUCUUCCUCGUCUUCCCCCCCAUGAUCUUCAGCUACGUGGAAGGCUGGAGCUACGGGGAGGGCUUCUACUUUGUAUUCAUUACACUCAGCACCAUUGGGUUUGGAGAUUAUGUGCUCGGAACGGAUCCCAGCAAGCACUACAUCUCCAUCUACCGGAGCCUGGCGGCGCUGUGGAUCAUCUUCGGCCUGGCCUGGCUCGCCCUGGUCUUUAACCUGGGGGCAGAGAUGGUGGAGAAGUUAAUCCACCUGAAGAUGCACAAAACUCACGUCAUUGAGGAGGAACCGUCCGUCCAGAAGACAGAGGAGCGAACUGUCCAGCGCAGGGUCUAA